GACUUGUUUACAUGCUAUGCAUGCACAUAAUUGUGCAAUUUCGUUGUUCAGUCUAGACUACGUGUACUUACGCCUACCAAUGUCUACGUUAUCAAGAUUUUCAGCAUAAUCUGUAUCGACGUAAGUAAAUGUCUGUGGAAAAUGUGACUGUUUAUCUGGGUGUCUUCAUUUUUUAUGCUGCGUCUUCAUUCUUUAUGGUGCACAAAACGUGAAAGCCUAAAAACUGUUUUUGUUCCACAAAAAGGAGAGAUCCAAUAAGAUCCAUGUACAAGAAACCAGAAAUUUGAAAUUAAUCUCAUCAAGGAAACGGCAUCAUCAUAAUCAAGAAUGCCUACUACUACAGCAGGGCAGCUUCCCAUGCCCCCUCUCCAGACCUAUGUGGCCAUCAGCUUUCUGUUCCUAGCUUGGUCUGUUCUACAAGCCAGAGAAGGACUGUCCUUACUAGAGACCAUGCAGGCUGGCACUGAGAAAGGUCAUGAGGGUUUAAGUUCUGUUCAGGAGUCUCUGAUCAACCCGAUCACUGGCGAACCAGAUAAGGGGGAAAGUUCUAAUGACGGACUGGAGAAGCUUCUAGGUAUUAAACCUGGAGAGUUGGAUUCAUAUAACACCUAUUCACUGGGAUCUCGUGGAGACCAGACUCCCGAAGGAACCCCUGCAUCGUCUCCAGCGACGAGUCCUUACGAUGGAUACCUCUCAGGAUCAAAACCAGGUCCUGGUCCAGACCCUGUCUCUCCUCUAGAUGGCGGUGAAGGCAUGCAAAGGAUUCAUGAUCAGGAAGGUGUUAUGCCUAGUCCAGAGCAAAUUGAAGAAGAGAUCUUCCGUAGCUUGUCAUUUGACUUUGGUAUCCAUCCUGAUGAUAGUGACAUGGUCAAGAUGAUGAAACUCAUGCUACAAGACUCCCUCUCUGUGGUUGUUGUAAUCAACAUGGCAUUUUGUUGCCUCAUCCUCCUGGGCAAGGCUAUCCAGUAUAUUGUGUUCGGCAACCUUCGAGUCAUGGAGAGACAGCAUCUUCGUGACAAGCUGUGGAACUUCUCUUUCUACAAGCUCAUCGUGGUCUUUGGCGUACUCAAUGUUCAGACACUAGAGGAGUUGGUUCUCUGGGUUGGAUGGUUUGCUAUUCUAGCCUUCCUUCAUGGCUUUGCUCAACUGUCCAAGGACAGAUUUGAAUAUCUUGCCUUCUCUCCGACGACGUCCAGCAAGACACACAGUCUUGUAAUCAGUCUACUGUGUCUCAUCUUGACUGUGACCUGUGCACUCAUGGCCGGUAGCUUCUAUCUCUGUUAUGAGUUGGACUGGAAUCUCCUCUUCUUUAUGCUGGCAGAGUGCAUUCUGGUGAGCAUUCGUGCUAUCUUCGUGCUCGCAAGGUAUGCUAUCCACUUGUAUGACCUACAUCAUGAGGGAGUCUGGGAGAACAGAGGGAGUCUUAUUUACCACACAGAGCUGGUCCUGGAACUUUUCACCCUUACACUCGAUUUUGUGCACCAUCUCCACAUGCUGUUAUGGGUGAAUGUAUUCCUGAGUAUGGCGAGCCUGUUGAUCUGUAUGCAGCUGAGACAUCUCUACUAUGAGAUCCAACGUAGAGUCCAGAGACAUAGGAACUACAGAAGGGUGGUUGCUAAUAUGGAAGCAAGGUUUCCCCGAGCUACUGAAGAAGAGCUUGUAGCAAAUAAUGAUGACUGUGCUAUCUGUUGGGAAGAACUGAAAGGAGCUAGGAAGCUUCCAUGUAAUCAUCUCUUCCAUGAUGCAUGUCUGCGUUCCUGGUUGGAGCAUGAGACAUCUUGUCCUACCUGUCGUCAGUCUCUGACCAUCCAAUCUACCCCAUCCCGUCCCACCGCAGGGAGGGGUCCUACUCGAGCAGGGGGGCAUGGUGCCAGACCUAAUCCAGCUGCAGCUAUGAUGGGAGGAGGAGAGGCUAGACCUAACCAACCACACAGAAAUCACUUCUUUCAUUUUGAUGGAUCGCGUAUAUUCAGCUGGCUUCCUAGUUUCUCAGUGGAAGUGACCCAUGCACAUGUAGUAGGUCCUCAAGCAGCUCAUACCUCACAGCUCGAUAAUAUGGCCAGGCAAGUCAGUCAGAUGUUUCCCAAUGUACCUACAAGAGCAGUCUUAGAAGACCUUCGUGUGACAAGAUCCAUUGAAGUGACAGUGGAUAAUAUCCUAGAGGGUAGAGUGACAACGAUUGGAAUGGUUGGUGAUAACAAUGCAGAGGCUACAGACCAACCAGCCCAAGCGCCUCCAGGAACCUUCCAAGCCUUCCAACCUAACCAAGCAGAAGAUGUAGAUGAGGAUGGUGGAUUACUCUACAGACAGGCUAGGCAUCAUAGAGGAGAAGAGGAGGAGGGUCCUAGUGAUAUCACCACCAGAGGAAUGGAAGGAUCAGAGGAUAACGCUGCUAAUUGGACCAGGCCGGAGUCUGGCGCAUCUAACUUGGAUUCCGCAGCAGGAACACCUGAGUCGGAUCUUAGUAGUGGCUUCCCAAGUUAUUCUAGUCGAUUCUCUAAAUCAUCUUCAGAAAGAGAAACGAUCCUUAGACAACGGAAAGAAAAGCUUUUACAGCUAGCCAGAAGAAAAUUUCAAGACAAGCAGUUGAGGGAAUCUUCAGCUGAGACUCAGCAGGGAACAUCCCAUUCACAACCAUCAACGUCAUCGACGUAUUCUGCCCCACCAUCAGCAGCAAGCCAGGAGACAUCAGCAACGAGGCAUGCUCCAGAUUCAACCUCUGUACUCCACCCAUCCGCUAACCAUUCACUUCUGUUUUUCCGUGCUUCAGGGAGUAACGCAGCUGGUAAUGAGAGGCAGAGGGUUAGGGCAGCUGCAUUGGAGGCAGCCCUUCGUAGACUGCAGCAACAGCAGAGACCCAUAUGAGUGGCUGGCUGGCUGGACUAGCUCAUGAGUCAUUUGGGGAUUAUUGCACAAUUGAACUUUUUUUGCCUGCGUGACAUCGGAUAUUGCCAGAAGGUUCCAUAUGUAUACUUAUUCGCCAUCAUGUUGUGAUUAAUACAGGUCUGAAACGACUCUAUUGGUUGAUUUCACAGUUCCUGCAAUGAAUUUAAGGUACCAACUUUGUACAAAGUGAGCUUUAAGUUUUCAAAUUACAUGGUCCAUGGAAAUACAGAUACAAAUUCUUUCUCGUGGCUCAGAUGGUAAAAUACAACAAAGAUAGUCUGUUUACCGGUAAUGCUAUGAUAGCAGUUGAAAGCUGAAUUAAAGAUAAACUCCAGUACUGGUAAAAAAAAAAAAUAAUUCUCA